AUGCAGCCCAAGAAAAAGGCUGCCGGCGAGGCGGAAGCCUUCGAUGGGAUCUUGCUCAAGCUUGAGUUGGCCUUGUCGAAGGCCGGCGCCGGCGGAGCGGAGCUCGGUACUGUGCGGCUCCAGCGAUGGGAGCUCGACGUAGCAGCACACAUGGAGGCAGCAAGGAGCCUCAUGAUGGCGGUCCUUCAAAGCGAGAACGAGCACCGAACCGUUCUACAGCAUGUUUUCGGUGGAGACUGCUUGCGGAUAUCCAGAGCAAGAGCUGUGGUGGAGUCAACGCUGCAGCUGGGGCUUUGCAGCAGGCAAGGCAGGGCAACUGACUGCCUCAGGGCCUGCGAGUCGGUGGAGCAGGUUCUUGGCGACCUUGGACUGGGAUUUUCGUUGCGUCGGGCACAGGCCCUCGCGCGUGAGAAUCUUCACCGCAGGGUGAGGUUUGGCGCUCGCGAGGGAGAGGCUGCUGACUCCACUGUGAGUGACUAUGUUGCCGAUGUGCAGCCUCCAGACCGGGUCGCAGAGCAAGAAACUGUGCGACAGGUCGAGCAACAGGAUCUACCGGAUCCGGAGGAUUUGAUGCAAGCUGCGCGGCCCGCCUGUGCACUAAUUGAUGGUUCAAACGCUACCAUGGCUGGCGCUCACAUCGAAACUGGCUUUGACACAAUGGUUGGCGAAGCUGCAGAAGCUCAGAGUGGCAGGGGCGAGGUCCGGGAAGAUAAUGAGGAGGCAGUCUUGCGGAAGGUGGCAGUUCUUGGUUCGGGCACAGAAGCGGAGGAGGUGCAGGAUGUGCAUUCAACCGAGCGGGGUCCCACGAUUGAGCAGCACACUCCCGCAGCGGGAGAAGAUGCCUCAGACAAGCAGCCCAGAUCUUCAGUGCUGGAUGCUGCAGAAGUCCAUCAACCGCUCACUGAUAUGCCUGCUUCGGAAACGGCAGAAUGUAAUGUUAAGGCUCAAGACAAUUAUACACUGCCCGAUGCAAUUGACGUCAUCUCUCCGGUGGAGUCGGAGCAGACCAGCGAGCCUGCUGAGCAGGCGGCACCGCUGGAUAAAGGCAAGACCGACGACCUUGACUUUAAGCUCUCUCCGGAAGCAGACAUAGGUCACAGCAAGAUUCUGGCUGCAGACGAGAGAGCAAUGCCGAGGUUUUCUCCGGUAACUUCAUGCGAGCAGCAAGGAGCUGAGCCCUGCGAUAAAGGUAUCGUCGAACCCGAGGCUGAGCCUACCCUUGUGGUACCGAUGCUGUCGAGGCAAUGCGAGCCGGACGAGUGGGCUCAGUGGGCUCACCAGAGAGAGGCUGCUGCGGAGCCUCCAGAGUUUUUGCCACAUCUUCGGCGAUUAGCUGGACGAGUCUUCCUCCAUUAUGCCGGUGGCGAUUGCACAGCUCCUGGUGGCGUAGGCCUGAGCGGCACAAGGUUCCGCAGCUUCUUAAGGGAUUGCAGCAUCUUGAGUUCGGGUGACGGUGUCCCGGACACCGCGAAGACCCCGAGCUCCACGCCAGUCGAGUCGCAGAGACUCGACCGCCGAACCCCACCGGGACUUUUCAUGCGGCGCUCGUCGUCACUCACGUCCCUGCGAACUGGAAGCAGGACUUUCUUGCAUUCGAACUCCUUUACACCUGGCUUUGGCGACAGCGCAGAAGCUGCUGCGACGGAACAUGGCAAGCUGCCUCUUAGUCUCUGCCCAAGUCCCGUGAUGACGCGUGCAACGGCCGACCUUCUGUAUGUGCAGGCUUCGAGUCUACGAGAGGUGCACAUGACCAAAGAUGGCUGGUUCAGGGCCCUAGCCAGCGCUGCCCAGCAAUGCAUGGCUGCAGGCGUAGACGAGAAUGCGCCGCUGCAUCCUUGCACUUCGGCGGAGACGCUGAAUUGGUUCUGUGAGUGGGCUCUGGUCCCAUUGGCCGAAGCUCUCGGCAUCAGUGAGCAGGACGUUCUGUCUGGGGCAGAAAUUCUGCGGCAGCCAGAGGUGUCCGCCUUGCUCCGAUCUGGCCAGCGAGGUCUGGACAUUGUAUUUGCGCGCUAUGCCCUUGCUGGCCCUGCGCCUCGCGAGCCGUAUAGGAAAGGGUACUGGAAUGCGCAGUCGAUGCAGCGCUUUGCUGCAGAGUCAGACAUGUCAGCGGAACUCAGCCACCAGUGCUUGCAGCGAAUCUUCACCGGAUGUGUCCAGUACCAAACCAGCAUCCUUCGGGGAACGCAGGAGGGUAAGAUGUCAACCUCGUGCUUCCGUUUAGCUCUGGUGGUCAUUGCACAGCGCGUUCACAGCGCCCCGUCUUUGACACCGCUGAUGCGCGUGGCGAUGCUUCUGCUGCGGCUAAGCAUCUGCCGUGGGGCAUCAGACCUCGGAGUCGCAGCAAGACAGGUCCUUCGAGCGCAGCCAUCUGAAGCUCUUUGA